AUGAAAGUCCUCAAUAAAAGCGGGCGCGGAGAGCGGCAGUUCAAGUUCUUGUCGCUUCGCGAUCGUCUGCGUCAGCUGAACACAAGCGAUGCGGAGCGACUUCGCAGACCAGUCUUGGUCAGCGAAGCGUACGCGUCACGAAAGCACGAGUCGGCGUUGGAUACGUACCUGCGGAACGCCAUUGCCGAAUGGAGCGAUCGUGAUCGAACACGCUCAUUCCAGGCGUUUGCAAAGUCCGUGGAAGACUGGGUGAUCUCACUGCCGCUUUUGCUUCGAAACCGGAAGCGAGUCUUUCGGCAGUGGGUGCUUGCUGUUCGCGAGCGAUCGCCGUCGUCGUUGGCGGCGUUGAUAGUUUGCUGGGAGGCUCUCGCACUGGAUCUGGCUGCAGAGUUUACACCCUUCAUACGACCGUCCUUAGAGGUUCUAGCAGGCGCUUUGGACUUGGAAAACGCGGAUGAGACGAGUGUCUUCUUCUCGACAACAGCGCGGCUCUUUCGCUGCUGGACCAAGCAACGGCGCUUUGGGCAGCAGCAAGCGCCUCAAGUGUUGCGUUCAUGGGCGGCGAUGCUGCUCUGUCAUCGCAGCGAAUAUGUACGUCUACUUGCCGCACAGAGCGCUGGCGUGCUUUUGCGUCGACUCCCGAUCGAGGACAUACAGCCGCUGGUUGCAACGCUGGUCACUCAGUCGGGCACCGAUGCCGCCACCACCGAGACGCAGCGGAGGAUGGCAGACGGCCUAGCGGCAACUUUCUUCUACGGAUGCUGCGGCAUUCGAGGGGAGCCACACUCAAAGGCCCCCGUCCUGCUUGAAAAGCUUCAACACUGCAUCUUGCACCACGAAGCGCAUUAUGACACAUCGGAUGCCUUUCCGCAGAUGCUCCUCGCUGCGCUUUGGUGGCGACUAGGGCGAGCGCUGACGCCCAGCGCCCUUGCACAGCUGCAGGAAUCCACUUUGCUGGUUUCCCUGGAGCACGCGCACCCGAAACGUCUCGUUCAUGUCAUGGAGGCACUGGGCGCCUGCCUCUACGGAUGCUGCCGCAACGCGGUAUCGUCGUCCUCGGAGCGUGCAUCGCUCCUGAGCGGGACGUUCGCUGCAAGCGUUUCGACUUUGCAGCUGGGACGUGGUUCGGAACCUGCGCUGGUGUGGCUCCUGGCGUCCUACGGAGAUGCUAUUGCCCGCCUCGGCUCUUUGGCGCAGAAACGACGUUUCCUCAAAAGCCUCACAGAUGACUUGGCGGACGUCCGAGUUGCCGCAGCAGUGCUCGAAUCGCUGGUUACACAGACGGAGGUCUGGCGCUCCCCAGAAGCGGUUCCACUGCUCGGCGAAGUGCUUGGCUGCGUCUACCAGCGAUUAUCCAGAACCAGCCUGUCGCGCAGCGCUCAUCUCUCCUGGAUAUUGCGACUUGUCACGAGUAUCAGGGAGACGGACCAAACAGCUAGUGACGCGCUGUUAUCGACUCUGCAACGCUGUCCAGGGAUCUGGCAAGUCUCGGACCUAGAAGACAACGAUUCAUCAAUCCGCUAUCUUGCGCUGCAACUGGCAACCAUGGUGCGUCUCACAGGUAUGGAUGACGACCAGCAGGAUCGAUUGCGAUGCAUCCUGCAGGACGAUACCUCUCUAGCUGCGCUCCUGGCUCUGUGUCGGCAGUUUCCAGCCGACAAGCCCCUAUUAGACCGCUGCUUCGAGGCCGCAAGUCAGUACCCAGUAACGCCGGGUACAGAGGCUGGCUUUGACGCACUUGUACGACAGCUACUUGACCGGGACCCUGAAGGCAGCGACUUGGUGCUCUGGGCGACACAGACAGAGCGCUUCCGUUUGCAACGUGAUGCUCUGUUCAGCGCAGCGGAACUUGAGCUGUGUGCGAGGUUGGCGAGGAGCAGUCCACAUCCGCAGCUGGAAUCGUUUUUCCAAGCCAUGGCUGAAGUCUAUCAAGUCGCUUCCUCGUUUACUCGGGAAAUAGACCGAAUUGACGCAGCUCGUCUGCACCUGAGACGUGUUUUGAUGAUGUUGCGACAGCAAGGACGUGCGAACAUGCCCCAGCAGCUGGUGCGCUUGGAGCUUUUCGCCAUUCUGGGCAUUCUUCAAUUACCACUGACGCUGUACUGGGAAGAGGUUCCCGCAUUGUGGCGAGCUGCUAUGGAGCAGGUGGAUCCAGCAGCACUCUUCGAGCAGGUGCUUUUGCCGGUGUUUCAGGCUACGCAAGCUCGUUGCAGCUGGGUAUCCCAGCGCAGUGAGCGAUUUGCUGGUGAAGAACGCGCUGGUGCCCUAGGAUCACAUGAAGAUGCUGCAGAUGCUGCUUCGACACCCGAGUCGAGCGCUGCACCAAUGCUCCAAACGACUGUAUCGGGGGCGGUCUGUUCACCUGAAUAUGAAUCCGCUUCUGGUGCUGCUGCUGGUGCUGCAGAUGCUGCUUCGACACCCGAGUCGAGCGCUGCAUGCUUGUUACCAGCCGCAGAGCCAAGCGGGCCCAGCUCUGGAACGCAACCUGGCGAGAAGGAGUUGCUCCGAACCGCCAAAACGGCGCGUCUGGAGGCAAAAGCUGCACGACCGGGAACAUCUGCACCGACGCAUACGUCGCUCGCCCAACGGAGACGCAGUGAUCCGGCCAAGAGAGCCGCUCUGUCGAGCGCGCCUUUAUGGCCGUGGCUCGCGAAUACCAAGUCAUCAAGUGACCGAAUAUGGCGGCGACUGAACCUGUUUCAGCCAACCGCAGAAGAAGCAGCAGGUCAGUGGGCAGCACCGCUGAACGCUGCCACGAUGACGAAUGCAGCUUCAACUGAUUCAGCCGUUGCUACCGUUGCUUCUUCUCCCAGGACCGAUACAUGCCUGACGCGCUCGUCCGUCGGUCUAGGAUCAUAUCCCUAUUGUGUAUCGCCGGCACCAGUUCAGAACGCUUGUCUGGAUGACGAAUGGAGCUCUCGUCGUCUGGCUCUCGCUCGACAGAUCAUUCCAGCGGACGCGUUUUACAGGAAUCUGCUGCAACUGGUGGUACCGGUGCAGCAAUCGAAUGUGAGCAAAGCACAUCAAAAGGUACUAGCUGCUGUGGUUACCGCAUAUCCGGUUCCAGCGGGUAUCGAGACGCUCCACUGGCGUCAACUGGGUUCCCUGUUGGUUGCCCAAACACAGUCGGAUGCUCCGGAAGCGGAUCGAGUGCGCUACAAGGUUCUCCUAGAACAAGCGCUUCGAUCGGAAGAGGCGGCUCUGCAGAGAGCAGCACUCGAGGCGCUCUUCCAGUCAUCGACCUGGCACCAGCAGCACCGUCGAGCAUACCUGCCUCCGUUGCUGGUACUGUUGCAACCCAGAGCUGAUAACGCGCCUGCCAAAGCGCAUCGAACGCGACUCGUGGGUACUCGUUUGGCAACGCUUCGGGAGCAGGUCGCCAUGCUCUAUGGAGCGCUGGUGGACCUCGCUGCGGUGCAGGCGCCACAAACGAAGCCUUCGGACGAUAGGCAGCCGGCCGCCGAGGAUGGUCCGAAGCAGCCGCUGCUCUAUCAACUGGAGCAGCGUUUUCAGCAGAUCCUGCAGUCACGGUCGUCGGCGAUAACACUGGAACGACACCAGGCCGCCUCAGCGGACUCACCGGGGGAUUUCACGUACUCGAGGAGCGGCUCGAAGAGAGCGGCUCGCAUCAGGGAGGUACCUCCAGCCGCUACAGUGGAGUCGAUCGUUAUUCUACCCAAUGACGCACCAGUGGUCAUGCCGCUGGUCGCGAACCUGCUCUUUGGCAGAGCGAGAGCACUCGCCCGCUUUCUGGGUACCGGGUCCACGCAGGGUACGCAGAAAAAGCGCUAUCGUGCGCUCUUUCAAGCGAUCAUGCAGUGCUACGGUUUCAUGGGUCGCUAUCCACAGAUACUGCAGGAUCUGGCCCGGCUGAUCCAGCAAGAGCAACGCGAAGAGACGCGGCUUGUUCUGGCGAUCGCAGUAGCGGACCUGAUCCAGAGUGGCCUCGAAACGCCCUGGAGCCUAUUCGCUAGCAUUACUGCACUUGCGUGGGCAUCGUUUUGUUGUUGGUAUGCUCCGGAGCGCGAGGCGAAUAAGGGCAAGAGGCGACUUGCCGCUAGACUGCUUCAGCGGAUGCUCUGCUUGUUGGCGAAUGACCAGGUUCACGGACGUGUCAACGGAUGGGUACCGGUUGCGUCUGCUGAAGCAGCGCACUCGACUGCACCAUCCGGCAUCGGGGCAUUUGUAGAGAACGCGAGCACGACAAUUACGUCCAGGAUGGAAGAGCCUGGCGUCAUGGUCGUGGACGACGUCGAGGCAAGCGCGGAAUCCGCUUCGUUGAGAGCGGUAACUGGCCAGCGGGUCGAGCACUCGGACGCUUUCGAAGAAUCUUCCAUUCCAGGGCAAGUUGAGUGGACCCAGAUGCUACCGCCAACAUGGUUUGCGGACCUGUUGCGGCUCUUGAACAACGCCUUGGCGAGGCUGAGUCUCGGCGAGGAGACGCAGUCGGCUCCGUCGCUGUUCGCACCGUUGCAGGUAUUGCUCGAAACGGAGUGCUACGUACAAAAGCUUGUCCGAGGAUAUCCAGUAGAAACAGCGAUGCUUUGGCAAUACUUGGUGAACUGUUUGCUUCAGGUUAGGCAGCAGAAUUUGCAGUGCCUUUUGCUGCGCUUGAUGGAUGCACUGCUGCAGCGUACAGCGCGAGGCCAGUGGCCACCAGUGCUCGUGCAGGCCCUCGUGCGCUGCCUUCUCGUGUCAUCGCCUCGGGCUUGGAAAGCUGAUGCGAAGCUUCGAGUUGCAAAGCGUCGACCCGAACCGGAAGGCCCGGUCCAGCAAGCUGCACUCCAGUUGUUGUUGCAGCUUGCGGAGCGCCUGGGAAACGAGCUGGCAAUCGACGAGUCGUGUGUUAUCGACCAGUGCAUGGACGUAAGCGCAAGCGCGUCUCUUCUGCCAAGCUACGCUCAAGAGCAGCAUGCAGCAGUGCCUGCAGAGACGCGGAAAGCGAUGCAUGCUCAGUCGCUUGCCGGGACGUCCUCGGAGUCCAGCCCGACGCAAGGCGUUCCAAUGGAUACCGCAGCGACUGCUCGCGUUACCGGCAGAGGCGCUUUAGCGGAACCCGCAGAAGCUGGGCUCGUCUUUCGGCAAGGCACUGCCGUACAAGUCCCAGGAGAGGCCGUCCCAUGCACAUUGCAGCAGGCAGCACUGGUACUCCUGGAGGCACUGCUGAUGCUCAUGGCACGCAAACGUAUCCAAGAGGCAACGCGGUGGACGCUGCUGGACAGUUUCCACAGCGUCUGUGUGCGUCUGCAGCAUCGGCUGCUUCCCGAACAAUGGGAAAGGCUCCUGGUACUGCUCGUGCAACUCUUUGAGCGUGCAGAAUUGUUCCCGCUGGCGAGUCGAAUGCGCUGGGAACUCGCUCGUCGUCUGGUGACACUCUGCGACCAUAUUCCCGACCCGAGCUUGCGAGCACGCGUAGGCCCUGUAGCGAGCCUGUUGGAGCGCUUGAAUCGCAUAUCGCCCACAAGCAUCGGACAGAUAGACUGGGACAGUGUUCUGGGUGCGUACGCAGAGCGCUUUGAUGAGCACCAUGACGCCGACUGGCGUCUCCUGGUGCCACACCUCAUGGCAGGCAUGCAGUUCACAGAUGCAGCUAUUCGUAGCGCUGCAAGCGAGGCACUGAUCAAACUGGUUGGUAGCGCUGUAUCAACACCAAGGACAUGUAGCGGGACAGAGAGCACCAGCGUCGCCGCUCCUGCAACACGAAUAGCGUCAGCGACACCUGGAGAGGCACAAGCCCCGACAAAAGCUACCCGGCAAGUGCCCUGUGCAAGCGAGGCAUCCCGGGUUGUCUUGGCGUCAGGUGUCGCGACGUCGCCGAGAGCGCUGGUGUCGCCCGUUGCAAGUCGCUUGCGGAAACGAGCGCUCACGACGCAAUCUAUCAGGCAGCUGGACACCAUACUGAAGACCUACGGCCAACUGGUCCGUCUCGCUACACCGGGACUCGACCCGGUGUGGCUCGAUGGCCUGCGUCCGCUCACCGAAGCCGUCGACGAGUCCGAAGACGUGUUCCAGUGCCUGGUUCACCAGCAACUGGCUACGCGUAUCCGCGCAUGCAGACUCCUCGAUCAAGUCCUGGCAACGGGCAGUAUUCCGGUGCUUGUGCGGAAAGCAUUCCUGGUACCACUCGUUGAAAAAUUGAUCGGAUUAGCGAGUACGUCAAGUCGUGUGCAUUCCGAAAUAGAGCAACUACAGACGAGCUGGUUGGCGAGCGCUCAGGCGCUAUUGGCGGAGCGCCUCCUGGCAUCGCUGCCGUCAAGCUGGUGUUGGCAACGCUUUGCGCUGCAUCUUCAUCGUUUCGAACGACUAGCAUCCAGCCAGAGGAGCGCAAGCACUCGUGAAGAUGCCCAUUCAGACGCGCGUAUGUCCGCGAAUGCACGACGACUCGGGCAAGCGCAGGUAUUGGUGGUCUAUGCCCGAGCGCUCGCUGCGCUGCCGAGUAUACCGCAGGAGGUAUCGGAAGCGCAGCAAAUAGAUCAAGCACCGGAUACACAACACGCACCGAUUAUGGUGCAAAACGAGCAUCGAACAGUGUCACCAGAGACACAAAAAUCGGGGAAUGCUCCCGAGCAGCUGCUCGAGCGACUGGAUGCACUCCUGGUGGCGACAAGUCUCCGUGACACCGCAGCAGUCGAGGCAGACUGCCCAGCGAGUGAUCGGCACCUGGAACGAAUCGUUUGGGAAAUCGUGCUGCGCCUUCUCCAAGCGCUUCCGAGGCAGCAGCAGCAGCAGCGUGCAGUCUGGGUACCGCGUCUCGUUACCCGCUGGAUACGUACGCUCGGUUUACGCAACCAGCAACGGCGAGACGACGCACGCGAAGCGCUUCAGUUGUUGCUGCGGAUUCUGGGACCUGAAUGGCUCUGGUGCAUCGCUCGCCAGUUAACGGAGACGGUGCAGGUAUCCGCAUCGAGAAAAGCGCUGCAGCAUUCGGAAGGCACUUGGCGACUUCACGUCUGGGCGUACACGUUGCACAUGUUGCUGCAGACAACGCUGGAGUGUGAUGCGUACCCCACUUGGCAUCUGGAUCUGGAUACGCUCCAACGUGUACUCGGACUAGUGUUGCUGGUGGAGUUUCGGGAUCCCGUUCUCGAAGCAGAGAAGCGCGUAUCCAAGCUCUAUGCGGAUAUCCGCGAGGUUCAUGUACACAGCGCGGAGCGUUGUCUCACGCUGCUGGGUCGAGUAUGGCCGAUGGAUCGGCUAGCGAACAUGGUGCUUGCGUUGGAGCUCUUUGUGCGGGCGUUUCGUGAACGACUCGCGUUUGAUACCAGUGGGUCGACGACGACGACGACGACAACGACAACGACAACGACAACGACAACGACAACGACAACGACAACGACAACGACAACGACGGGCGUGCCCAGCAGUGCCGAGCGGUAUCGUGCUGCCUCUAUAGCGGAACGCGAGCAAUGGCGCCGUCUCCUGCACGCUUUUGUGGACGGCAUCCAUCGACAGGAACUGCAUGCAGUUGCACCUGAGGAUGCCGAGACAGCAGUCGCAUCCCAAGCACUUGUUCUGCGAUAUUUGCUGACGAAGCCGUCCCCUCGGAUGCGUACGGAUCCGGGAGCUGAUACUGUUACUACUACUACUACUACUGCUGCUGCUGCUGCUGCUGCUGCUGCUGCAGAAAAGACGCCUCGAAUGACGACUGGGUCUGGCACCUCUGAAACGAUCGGCUUUAGGGAUACCAUGCGGGAAAGCGCGCACUUGUCUGUGAGGAAUCGAACGAGUGCUGGACGUACGCAAGUCGCGGCGAGCAAGGACGCACAGUCACCAUCUGGAGAGCGUCACAUACAAAAAACGCCUUUAUCGAUCGAUCAAGCGAGAUCCAAACACCAGUACGUAAGAGAGAACGUUCCACCUGAGCACCGGAGCCGACAGGCGCUGCAAGGAGAACGGAAAGCGCGCCUAACCGCUGAUCACCACAGAGACAAGAACGCAACAACGGAGAGCAGCGCUCGAGCGGAUGCGCUGGGCCUUGGAAUACUCGACGCCGGGCAACUAGCCAUUGUAGAACAAGUGCAGCAGCUGAGCCCCGAACUUGAGACAUUUCGCCAAACGAGACGCUCCGAGGCCGCUAUUCUCGUCGAAGUUGCGCUGUACUGGGCCUGGCAUUGGCGACUGCUGCGGGAACAGCGUCCGUCGUGUGGCGCGACAACCAGACGCUCUAGCUCGCCUCGUGUGGAUGUCACUCGUAGGCAGCGGACUGCAUCGGAAGAGGCGCACGAGGCGGUGGAGCUAGACGGAACGGCACCGGGGAACGCCAGCCUAUCCGUCGAGGCCUCCGAGGCAUCCUUACCGGGGCGCUCACCAGAAGAGGUUGCAUGGCAACGUGCCCGACUUGUUGUGUGGCGCCUGCUGGUGGAGCCUCUGGUGCUCGAGACGCUUCGAGCACGUCACGAUGAACUGGUGAUUCGUUCCCUGCAGUUGCUGGAACGUUUGUGGCGCGCUCCGCAUCUGGUCCAAGACAAGAGCAUUCGCGUACACCUCAAGAGGCUUGCGCCGACUCUCGAGGAACUCUUGGAGCGGCAGAUCGUCUCGAGUAGUGCAGAGCAAGCGGGUGCGGCGCUCCCAUGCUCGAACUCGGUUUGGCGUUCGCAUGCAUUGCCGGCUUCUGGUACUGCCUCGAACCGCGACCUCUUUACGACGUUGUUGCGCGUCAUGGCAACACUCGUGACGCUUCCCGCUCCGCUACCCACGAUCAUGGGCGUGCGGAAACGCUCGCAACAGUUGCUCACCAAGGCGGCUGCCAGUGCGCUCACCCUGGACAGUUCUCCGAGUCGUCUGUCGGCGGGGAUGACGGUGUUUCGAUUGGCGUUACGUGCUGCUCCCGAAACGAAUGCCGCAUCGACUGCGGUGGACUGGUGCACCCGGUCAACGCUGUGGCCCCUGGUCGAGCGUCUGAGCCAACUGUUGAUCCAGCGCUCCGAUGCAACGCUGCGAGAUCAGUGCAUCUCGCUUCUGGUGCGUUACUGCUGGAAUCGUCGAACCAGCGAGACAGAAAGGCAGCGUCUCUUGGACCUGAUGGUGCAGCAUCUAGACUAUACGUACGAGGACGGUCGCGUCGCCUGCUUGCUCUUCUUGCAGCGGCUUGUAGAAUCCGCACGAACUAGCAGUAACGGCAGCAGCAGCGCUGAUGAUCACGCUCGCCUAGAGUCGACUGCGUCGAACGUUGCACUCGGUGAGUACCUGCUCGCGCCGCUGGCGGUGCGUUUGGUGAAUGAGCACGGAAGCGAAGCAUACCAGGUGCUGAGGGCAUGUGUACGGGCGCUCUUCGAGCCAUUGCCGUCCAGUUCGACAGGCACGGGUGUUGAACGACCUGUCGCUUUGACACCGGGAGCGCGUUCGCUCCAGCAACUGGUAGCACGCUGGCUGGAACCGGGACACGAGCCCGGUGUGCGACUAGCUGCCGCCCUGGUGUUCACAUUGGUUCCGGCUGGUUCGCCUCGGGAGCUGGUGACGCUCCUGUUUGAAGCCAUGGAGCCCUUCAUCCGGGGGAAUGCGUCCGCAGAGCGCGACGACUCGACCCCGGCGACAGCGCGGGCGAUGCGGCACAAGGAACCAGCACACGAGGCGCUUCCACUGAGCGCUUCGUACUCUGAGUACGAGGAGCAGGGCGAAACGCUUGCCAACAACGCGGCUGCCGACGUACACCGGGGCAUCUCGCGUUGGUGCCUAGCCUAUGCCGCGAGUCGUGCUCUGGAGCAGACGCUGCAGCCGGAACACGUGCAGUGCUCGCCCUGGACGAAGGCGGACGCAACCAGACUCGUGGAUGCGUUGGCGUUUGGGCUUCCCCAAACCGAUCGGGUCAGUUUGUUGCUGCAUCCGCAUCCAUGGGUGCGGGCCUCGCUUACCCGCCUAAUGGAACUCAUGUGGCAACGCGAACAGCAUCCGCAAGAGCGAGCGUCUGCUCCCGAAUGGAGUCCAGCACAUGUGAGUGCUAUUGCCGCGGCGCUCUGUCGACAGCUGAGCGCCUUCCAGGGACGCAAUACCGAAGCAACUGCGGUCAUAGAGCGACUCCUGAUCGCGAUGGCACUUGUGCUGGGCCAGGAGGCGGGUUCCAGUUGGCGCUGGCUAUUGCGGCGCUUGUCGGGACUUGCUUCUCGGGCUCGAGAGCAGACCAGCACACGUCGAGUGGCGCUUCGCGUUCUCGAGCAGCUGCUCCGGAAACACACCGGUGCUGCGAGCACGACGGAAUCACGGGCUGCACAGUCUACUGAGCAUCAGCGUGAGUCUCGCGAAAAGCCAGGUCAAUUAGCAUGGUCUCGGGCGAUAGAGCCGUUCCUCGCUGCCUGGAUAUUUCCCGUGUAUCGCCUGGAUCGGCUGCGGGCAAACGCGGAAAACGCUCAUUUGGAUGCUGAACUAGAGGCCUCAGCCGAGCGCAUUCGUUCUGAACUUGAGCAACCGGAUCGACUCGGUGCGGUGCGCUUCUGGGAGGUCUACCACCGUGUGACUGCUCGCGAUCGCCAAGAGCGAGCUGCACGCCUCGCGGAACGAAAGCGCUUGGCGCUUGUCGAUAGCGUGGAAGCUGCGCAAAGGAAACGUCGACGGCAUGGUGCUUCGCGAACAGCGCGGACUUUGGAGAAGGUAUAG